UUUGUUUUUUGGGUUUUGCGUUUUGAUUUUAAUUGAAAUUGGAAUUUAGAAUCAGUAGUUUAUUUACUUUUGUUUGAAGUUCCCAACAAACAGUAGCUGCAAUCUUUCUGGUCUCCAACGGAAGGAAAGUGGGAGAGAAAGAAAAAGAAAAAACUUUUCCUUUUAACAAACAAAAGAAAGAAAGCGAAAGUCAGGCAUUUUCUUUGGAUACCUUCGCUUUGAUCUCAUGCUCCUGAGCUCUGUUUGCAAUUUCUGAUUUGGGUUUGCGAGUGCACGCCAACUAGUGAAGUGGGUCGGUCUUGGUUUUUGGUUUGGUCUUCGGUUAGUGGGUCUCUCUCCCUUUUUCUCUCUCUGGUUGGUUUUUGGUAUUUUGGGUUUGUUAGAAUGAGAUUUGGUUGGUUCUAAUUUGGUUUUGGUAGAGAUCUUACGUAAUCCUUUUGUGGGUCUCUGUUUAAAUCUGGUUUCGUUGCCUUUUAUGCCAUACAAGUUUGGUUUUAUCAUUUCCCAGAUAUUAGAUUUAUGUCACUGUAAUAAAAAAUCUUGUGGAUAUUUUGUAACUGAAAAAAAAAAAUCAUUUCUGGGGUUAAAAUUGGGUUUCCCAGAUAGAGAUUUUGAGGGUUUUUUUCUUAGGAAUUAUCUUAGAAUUUUUGUUGGCCGGUGGAGUCGUAAAGAAAUUGUUAGCUAAGGGUGGUGAUUUGUAAUCAGAAGGAGCUGUUUUUUUAUUUUUUAUUUUUUUAGUUUUAUUUUCAAUUUUGUUGCAUCUGGCUAUUGUGGAGAUCUGGGAAUUGUUUCAUCUCUUAUGCCCCAUGAAGAACCUUUUUCCUUCUGAAUCAUGUAAAGAAACACAGCUCAAUGCCUUUAAUCCACAGUCAUGGCUCCAAGUUGAAAGAGGGAAGCUUUCCAAAUUCUCAUCACAGUCCUCUUCUUCCAUAGAAUCUCUUAUCAAGGUUCCUGAGCCACCCAUACUUCCAUUCUUUAAACCUGUCGAUUAUGUAGAAGUUCUAGCUCAAAUCCAUGAAGAACUUGAGUCAUGUCCUCCACAAGAGAGGUCGAAUCUUUAUUUAUUACAGUUUCAGGUCUUUAGGGGCCUUGGGGAAGUUAAACUGAUGCGGAGAAGUCUCCGUUCAGCUUGGCAGAGAGCCAGUACUGUUCAGGAGAAACUCAUUUUUGGGGCAUGGCUGAAGUAUGAAAAGCAAGGAGAAGAGCUCAUUGCUGACUUACUUGCCUCUUGUGGUAAAUGUGCACAGGAGUUUGGCCCAAUAGACAUUGCCUCUCAACUUCCUGCAGAUUCAAAUACAAGUUCCAAUGAGGCUGUUGUGAUGAAUGGGAAUGAAAUUUUGAAAACUGUCAUUUUCCGAAUUGGGGAUGAGAAAAUUGUUUGUGACAGGCAGAAGAUUGCGGGCCUGUCAGCUCCUUUUCAUGCUAUGCUUAAUGGGUGUUUCACAGAAUCACUCCAAGAGGACAUAGAUUUGUCUGAAAAUAACAUUUCACCAUCAGGUAUGAGGGCAAUCCAUGAGUUCUGUAUGACAGGCAGUUUAGGUGAAGUCCCACCAGAUCUUUUGUUAGAAAUAUUAAUAUUUGGGAACAAAUUUUGCUGUGAGAGGCUAAAAGAUGCUUGUGGCAGGAAACUUGCAUCUUUGGUUUCCUCUAGAGAUGAUGCUGUGGAACUCAUGGACUAUGCACUUGAAGAGAACUCCCCUGUCCUUGCUGCAUCAUGUUUGCAAGUGUUUCUACAUGAACUUCCUGAUUGUUUGAAUGACAAUCGAGUGCUGGAAAUAUUAAGUGAUGCUAAUAGACAACAGAGAUCAAUCAUGGUUGGGCCUGCUUCAUUUUCACUCUAUUGUUUCUUAAGUGAAGUUGCUAUGGCCCUUGAUCCUCGGUCAGAUACAACGGCUUGUUUCUUGGAACGAUUGGUAGAGUCUGCUGAGAGUAGCCGGCAGAGAUUGUUGGCAUGUCAUCAGUUGGGCUGUGUGAGGCUUCUGAGGAAAGAGUAUGAUGAAGCUGAACAGCUCUUUGAGGCAGCUCUAAAGGCAGGCCAUGUAUACUCUGUCGCAGGUUUAGUGAGACUGGGUUACCUUAAGGGCCAUAAACUUUGGUCUUAUGACAAACUCAGCUCUGUGAUUUCCUCUUUUACUCCACUUGGAUGGAUGUAUCAGGAGAGGUCACUGUAUUGUGAAGGCGAUAAGAGGUGGGAAGACCUUGAGAAAGCAACCGAGUUGGACCCGACACUUACUUACCCCUACAUGUAUCGAGCUGCUUCCUUGAUGAGGAAACAGAAUGUUCAAGCUGCUCUUGCAGAAAUCAAUCAGGUCCUAGGUUUCAAGCUAGCAUUAGAAUGUUUGGAACUCCGGUUUUGUUUCUAUCUGGCGGUUGAGAACUAUGAAGCGGCAUUUUGUGAUGUUCAGGCAAUUCUUACGCUCUCCCCAGACUACAGGAUGUUUGAGGGACGGGUUGCAGCAUCCCAACUUCGCAUGCUUGUGCGUGAGCAUGUUGAGAGUUGGACAACAGCAGAUUGCUGGCUACAGUUGUAUGAUCGGUGGUCUUCAGUUGAUGAUAUUGGGUCCCUCUCUGUUAUCUACCAGAUGCUUGAAUCUGAUGCUGCAAAAGGUGUUCUUUACUUCAGACAGUCUUUGCUUCUCCUGAGGUUGAACUGCCCAGAAGCAGCCAUGCGAAGUUUACAGCUUGCCCGUCAACAUGCAUCUAAUGAACAUGAACGUCUAGUAUACGAGGGAUGGAUCUUAUAUGAUACAGGUCACUGUGAGGAAGGGCUUCGGAAAGCAGAGGAGUCUAUUGGCCUUAAAAGAUCUUUUGAGGCCUUCUUCUUGAAAGCCUAUGCAUUGGCUGACUCUAGCCAGGAUCCAUCAUGUUCAUCGACUGUUGUUUCACUUCUUGAAGAUGCCUUAAAGUGCCCCUCAGAUAGGCUUCGCAAAGGUCAGGCCCUUAACAACCUUGGCAGCGUGUACGUUGACUGUGGGAAAUUAGAGUUGGCUGCUGAUUGCUACAUCAAUGCCCUCAAAAUCCGGCACACCCGAGCCCACCAGGGCCUUGCUAGGGUUCAUUUCCUCAAAAAUGAUAAGACUGCUGCAUACCUUGAAAUGACCAAACUGAUUGAGAAGGCCAGGAACAAUGCUUCUGCCUAUGAGAAAAGGUCCGAGUACUGUGAACGUGAACUCACAAAGGCAGAUCUGGAGAUGGUCACUAGAUUAGACCCGCUUCGGGUUUACCCUUACAGAUAUCGAGCUGCAGUUUUGAUGGACAGCCACAAAGAGAAGGAAGCAAUAGCAGAACUGUCAAGAGCAAUAGCAUUCAAGGCAGACCUUCACCUUCUACACCUGAGGGCAGCCUUUCAUGAGCACAUUGGAGAUGUGUUGGGCGCACUGCGAGACUGUAGAGCUGCCCUCUCUGUGGAUCCUAACCAUCAAGAGAUGUUGGAGCUUCAUAGCCGUGUCAACAGCCAUGAACCAUGACCCAUGACCCAUCAACCCAGACAAAAGGAAAAAA